AUGAAUAUUCCGUUCCCGAUUAUUUAUCCUCGCAUGAUUGCGCCGGAUUUCUUCAAUUCGGAUAAACCAUGCGACGAGGAUGCUGAAUUAACAAGCUUGGAGCAAGCUAACCAUCGAUGGCUGAAUAGCAUUGGUAAAAAAUACAUGAAACAUACUCCGGUAGAAAAGCCACAGCCGGAGCCUAUGGAGGAAGCGGAGACGGAUGAUGAUGUCUUCAUCGUGACUGGCAAUGAAGAGGGCGAGGAAUCGGAGGAGUCUCAUGAUGUUGAUGAAGAGGAGGAGAUGCCGACCACCGAGUCUCCACCGAGGAACACUGAAGCUGAGUCCGAGAGCCCCGAGGACAUCACGGACACCGCUGAGCUCGAAGUAGAGGCCUCUCUAUGGCCCUACACCCCUCAAGAUGAAUGA